AACGAUCGAGUUUUCUUUUUUUUAUUUCUCCAAUAAUCUAACUUUCCAAAUUUAAUUUUAUUUUUCAUUCAAAUAUUUUUUUGUCACUUCAAAUAAAAUAGACCCCCUGCUUUUUCUGUAGCGCGCAAAAAAUGCAACGCAUUUAUACUACCACUUUUGUGCCGAAAUUUUGCAAUGGCCAAUGGGUAUGGAAUGCAAACCAGGAACGUAUUGAAUUUGAAGACACCAAAGAUGCCGAAUUGGUUAAGGAGGACUAUGUGAAUACGUGUGGCUUCAAUUUCAGCAAGACGGUCAAUCAACUGGAGGAACUGAUAUUUCGCCAGGAAUUUCAACGUUCCGAUCUUACGCACGAUGCCGAUGUCAUACUCGUGCAGGACAUAAAAAAUAUCGUGCUCUUCCUGGCACCCUCCGAAAUCAUCACGACCGAUUUCAUACAUUUCUUGCACACUUUCACCGUCGAUCGUUUCCUUCGUGCGCUCAUCAUCUACUUCGAGUACUAUUUGAAAAUGGUCGAGUUUGUGUUGAUACGACGCGAUGAGAUCGCCGGCGAAAAGGCGCAAAUACAAAGUGAAGACACGAACGAGAUUAAGCGCGUCUACUCGACAUAUCUCAUACAGCAUCGUUUGCUGUUGGCACGUGAAUAUAGCACCAUAAUAAUGGGUGAUGGCGAGAUGAAGCGCUUCUAUCACAUUACGCCCAUUGUCAAUAUUUCACAUUCCAUUAAGGACAAGCGCUUUCAUGAAGCCUUUUUGGCAUUCUCCACACAAGUGGUGUGGAUUGCUAUGCAUCGGCGCGCCUAUGACUACAUCGAUAUGGAAAUGUAUCGGCUCUUUCGUUCCGAGCACUUCAAGCUGAAGCGCUAUGCGCACAUUAAUUUCACGCAAGCGGAGACCAGCAUGCUCUACGGCAAGAACUAUAAGCGUCGUAAUUAUCGUGCACAAAAUUCACCACUCAUUCAGGAAUUGGCCAAUGUAUCGACGGAGGAUUUGCCCAUCUUGUGGAUUGGUGAGCGCAAGUACCGCGGCACCGAUUUGCGCAUACAUCAGCUGGAGUUGGAGUACAUUGUGCCGGAUAGUCAGUUGACCUUAAUCGAUAUGUGUCACGGCAUACUCGGACAUCCUAAGGAAAUCUACGAUACCGUUUUGACCAUCAAUUGGGAAGCGGUGCGUUUUCAAAACUAUUCAGAGAUCUACGAUCCAUAUCAAUUGGUGCGCCAGCCGGCACUCAAGAUACCCAAUAUCGAUGAGGAGAAAAUGCGCAAAUAUGCGCAGAAAUUUGAUACCUACUAUCAUGUGCGCAUGCAAUACGAACGUGUGAGUAAAGCGUUAAUAGAUAAAUGGUGUAGACGCGAUGCCGUAAUCGAAUGCUUUACGGAGGACAUGAUAACCAGCAUUAUAACGAAGUGUGAAAAGGAGCUGCAGAGAUACUCCUAUGGGCCGAGUGUAGAAGAGAUAACGAACAAAUUUUUGACACGAAAGAAAUUACUGAGAAAGCUGUAAGAGCGGGAGUAAGCAGAAGAGAGAAAAAGAAAGAGCAACAAAAAGAAGGACAGAGACACGGAGAAAGAAAUAAGGAAGGAGAAAAAAAGAAGGAAGGAGAAAAACAGAAGGAAGGUGGGAAAAAAGAAGACCGACGAACGGCGAGGGUAAAGAUGGAUAUUUCAGGUAACUUUUGGAAGGCGUAAAAUAUUAGACUAGAAUAUAUGUAUUUGUGCGGAAUUUAUGUGAAAUUGGCGAAUAAGCAAAUACCAGAAAAAAGCCAAUAAAAUUUUCAUUUCCUUUCCUUCAAUAUUUCAUCUAAUGGUAACACAGUCGACAUUUUUUGCAUACGACAGGCACAUAACAUAAGAUACAUAACCUUAUGCAUUUUAUUUUAUAGCGAAAAAAGUGAAUAUACACCUGUGCUCGAAAUAAUAGCAGCGCGCUGAAUUAUUAAAUUUUAACUGUUUUUUUUUUUUUGCUUUAAUUUUCUUUGUUGAUAUUUUUAUAAAAAUAUAGUGUAUUCUGCAACAAAAACUGUAUAACUGAAAGCUGCAAAAUUUGUACUAAAUUCACAAAAAAUAAACAAUAAAAAAAGUUCAUCAAAUGUUCAUGUUUCCAAUCAGAAUCUUUAGAAAACUUCGAGGCAUGCAGUCUUAUAGCCAGUUCAGUUUUAACAUAAUAAAGUGCGAGUUUGAAGUCAUUCAAAGAACGCGUGGGUUUUUGACAGUAUUUUUCUGUUUUGCUUUGUGCAUGCAAUGUUGACUAUUUUCUCCAUAUCUUUUAUAUGGUAAAAAAUGCGCAACACCUCAGCGAAAAAAAAUAUCAAAAAUCGAGGAAAAUUUUGGCCCCUUGAAACUUGCACUUUAUCAUACUAAUAUUGAAUG